CUUGUUGAUGAUCCUUCUGCAGAAAAAACAAUCAAUGCUAGAACUGGAGGAAAUAUUGUAGUUGAAUGCUCCUUUACUCGCUCUGGGACCGAGAUGUACUUCUGCAAGGAGGAAUGUGAAAGAGACAUUCUUGUUGGAACGACUUACAAAGAUUUAAAAAAAGGCAGAUACAGCAUCAGAUAUCUUGAAGGAUCUCUAAAAGAAGGAUUUGUGUUUGUGAGCAUCAAAAAGCUGACCCAGUCUGACUCAGGAUGGUACAGGUGUGGUCUGGACAGACCUAACUCUAACGAUCCAUACCAGAGGUUUAAGGUCAUCGUCACUGAUGCUCUGACCUCUUCUACUCCUUCAUCAUCAGAUUCAUCAGCCUCUACAGAAACAUCAAACCAAAGUGAAAGCUCCACAUCUUUACCAACCUCCCCUAAAACCACAGAGCAACCUGAAACAUCAACAAGUGAAGCUGUGGUCCUGUAUGUGUUUCUGACUCUGGUCGUCCUGGUCAUCGUGUCAUCACUGUCUGUGCUGGUGUUCUGCAGGAAGAGGACUUGUAAAGACAAAGGUGAGGAACCAGAGAGCUAA